CAAGAGUCAGUUUAAAGCCUCUUAUCUCAUUUUACUUGAUUAUCGAUCAGCUGUCCGGCGUCCCGAGGUGCGGGCUCCUCGGGUUCUGGGUUCUGGGUUCCGGGUUCCGGUGCUUGUCUCAAAGACGCCGGUGAGGAUGCGAAAUCAUGUUCCACGCCAGGUGCGGUGAUCACGUACGGCUCAGCGAGGGCGGACGGACCGCGACUAGGACCGCGUCCGAGUUCAACUUUGGACUCGUAUUCAGCGCCGAGCCGAUCCAGGACGACGAACUCUUCGAAGUGUCCGUCGACAAAAAGGCAAUUGACACGGUCAAAUAUAAUGAGUCGUGGAUCGGCAGCAUCGAGAUUGGAGUGACUGCUUGCGACCCAAGUUCACUGUGUUUUCCGGCCAGUGCGACAGAUUUACGCAACGGCUCAUGGAUCCUAUCAGGGAAAGCCAUACUGAAAGAUGGAUGUACGCUGGACGGUGCUUACCCUUUAAACUUGAACAAGGUGGUUGAAGGUGAUCGGAUCGGAGUCAUCAGGACGAGAAAUGGCGAGUUGGAGUAUUACAUGAACGGCCUGACGUAUGGCGUGGCCGCGACUGGUAUACCGCGUAGGGUAUUUGUCGUUAUUAAUGUCUACGGAAAGGUGGCCCAGGUGUCAAUAUGUCCGAAGGCUCCCGAUGAUCUCUUCGUGCCGGUUGAACCUGAGGCGACUCCGCUCCGCCUCGUACCGACUGAGCGGCUCAGGUUCCACGAGAGGACCGGCAGUCUUGUCAAGCUUUCCUGCAACGGGCGUUCCGCCGAGCGUCUACGUCCUUUCGAUGAGUUCAACAACGCCGUCGUCAUGACGAGCAAACCUCUCGUCGACGAUCAACUCUUUGAGAUAAGGAUAGAUCGUUUGGUUGGGAAAUGGUCGGGCAGUAUUGAAGUCGGCGUUACAACACAUGACCCGGCGACUAUAGAAUUUCCGGCAACCAUGACCAACAUGCGUACUGGUACCAUCAUGAUGUCGGGAUGCGGGAUACUCACGAAUGGGAAAUCGUCGAUGCGGGAAUACGGUGAGUUUAAUCUCGAUGACCUCAAGAUCGGCGAUCGGAUAGGCAUGAUGCGAAAGAGCAAUGCCGACCUGCACUACUUCAUCAACAGCCUUGACCAGGGUGUCGCCGCUUCCCAAGUCCCAAGCCCGAUCUGGGGUGUAGUCGAUCUGUACGGCAUGACGCUCAAGGUGACCAUAGUUGACAGGGACGAGCGCGAAGAGCAGAACCUUAUAACGAGAAGGAACACCGUCCUACGAGAAAACGUCCUUCAAUCUUUAAAUGACAUUACAGAAGAAGAGGCUGAUGAUAGUUUAACAUUCCAUCCCAACUGCGGAUCUCAUGCUGCUGUGAUAAACAAUGGAAGGACUGCUCACAGGCCAAAGGCGCUUGAUGAUUUUAACAAUGCCGUAGUAUUGACGAAUAGGCCGUUAAAGGUAAACGAGGUGUUUGAAGUGAAGAUUGACAAGAUGGUGACUAAAUGGGCUGGCUCGAUUGAAAUCGGCGUGACAACUCACCUCCCCACGGAGCUCGAGUACCCGUCAACGAUGACCAACGUGCGUUCAGGGACGUGGAUCAUGACUGGGAAUGGCGUGAUGCGCAACGGCACAUCCGUCAUUGAUGACUAUGGGCAGAACCUUGACAAGUUACAAGCUGGGGAUAGAGUCGGCGUUGUGAUACGAGAAGGCGGCUCUCUUCAUUUCCUUGUCAAUGGAGAAGACCAAGGUGAGGCUGGCACAGGACUGCCGAGUAAUCUCUAUGCCGUAAUCGACCUUUACGGCCAGGCUACACAGGCAACCAUCGUAUCCCACUGUCCUUGCUGCUCCCCAUCGACACCUACUAUGUUCUACCAGGACAUACAUUUCCAUUCGGUACACGGUCCAAAUGCGAGACUGACGAACAAUGGUAAAACGGCGCUCAGGCCUCAUGCCAUGGUUGAGUUCAAUGACGCUAUCGUUAUAACGAGCAGACCGUUACGACCUGGUGAGAUGUUUUCCGUUGUUGUCGAAAGGAUUAUUGACCGUUGGUCCGGGUCGAUAGAAGUAGGUGUGACAGCGAUAAAGCCGGACGACCUCGAGCUCCCCGGUACGAUGACGGACCUAGACCAUGACACAUGGAUGCUUUCGGGCUAUGUCAUCAUGAAGGACGGCGAGCUGCUCGGCCACGGGUACAUGCUCGACCUCGACAAGGUCAAGACGGGCAGCAUCGUAGGGAUAAAGCGUCACGACGACACAUCGCUGCAUUACUACCUUGACGGGGUCGACCAGGGCGAAGCGUGCCGGGGACUCCCAGAGCUUGUGUACCCCGUAAUCGACCUGUAUGGCCAGUGUGCCCAGGUUUCCAUUGUGAGCAAUCCCGAAGCGAUGGUCGACAUCGAUGAUAGUACCAGCGUCCCGCAGGUUGAAAGCCAUGUGGUGUCCGAAUCGACUGUGCUUCCUACACAGCAUCUUCUACACAAGUGGCAUGAUGUGUGUGGAAAGGGUAUCAGGAUCGUUGAAAGCAGGGCAUCUCGUCUUCAUGACAGCCCGUCGGCGGGUCUGGCGUUCUCAGCGAUGCCUCUGACAGAUGGCGAGUUGUUCGAAGUGCUCAUAGAGACUUGGGUUUCACACUGGGCCGGGUCAUUGUCGUUCGGCGUCACUACGUUCGCCCCCGUCGAACCGUUGCCGCAUUCGAUGUCUUCGGUCAAAGAGACAACUUGGUACGUACAAGGGAACAACUUGAUAUCGAACGGCGACGUCGUCAAGAUGAACUAUUGUACAUCGUUCGACUGGCUCCGUCCAGGCAACAGAGUUGGCGUGAAACGUUGCCAAGACUCGUCGAUCCAUUUCUACAUUGACGGGGCCGACCAGGGUGUCGCGGCUUUCAACGUACCAAAGAAGCUUUUCGUAGUAAUGGAGCUGUAUGGUUCAACAUGUGGUGUCAAGCUCAUCAGCAAGGGCGGAUCCGCAGUUGGACAUGGCGAUGCUCCGCUUGCAGUCUUGGAAAUUGAAUCUCCCUGUGACAAAGCUACAACCAUUGAGGAAGAAUCAGAAGACAAGAGAAACGACGAGAUGGACAAGAGCAUCGAGGAUGGUGAAAUCGUUUCAGAAAUACACGAAAUAGAUGCAAUGCCGCAUGUUUUUCAUGAAUGUCACGGUCGGAAUGUGCAAGUGUCUGAGAGCAGACUAGCCGCGAAACGUGUCUCGAGCUACAAUCAAGGCCUCGUGCUUAUGUCACGUCCACUUCAGCGAGGGAUGCUUUUCCAGGUGAUGAUCGAAUCGCUCAACCCACGUUGGGUGUCCUCGCUGAGCAUCGGGAUCACGACCGAAUCCGUCAUCUCACUCUCGCUCCCCGUCACGGCGCUCGGACUCAAAAAGGAUACAUGGGUGAUAUCCGGUGAUUCUGUGUUUCACAACGGCCACAAGGUCAAGUCAAAGUACGGCGUCAACCUCGAUAUGCUCGCCCUCGGCCAGACGGUUGGUAUAUUAGUUGACGGCAACAACCAGCUCCAUCUGUACGUAAACGGUCAAGACCAGGGUGUUGCGGCGUCCGACAUACCGCAGUCUGCAACGAUCCCACUAGUUGACCUCUACGGGAUGUGCGACCAGGUGUGCAUCUUGAGCGAAGGGCUUGAUCGCAGCUUACACAGCCCGUCCUCCGAGGACCACGUCUGGUCCGACUCGCGAGAAAAGGGCAACCUAGAGGUACGCGAGAAAGCCGAGACACUCAGGACUAAGUUGGACAAGAUGAACGAAAACAUACAGUGCUCUAGUCAUACAUCGCCAACCUCACUCCCCGUAACUUCGUUCAUAUUAGAGAAAUCGCAAAAGGCAACGAAUAACGACAGCUAUGCCAAGUCGCCAAGCGUGUCCAACCUGCCGAUCGCGAGUGCGCCUAGCGUGCCGAUUUCACCAGUUGUAUCUCCCGUCAUAGCUGUCAAACAGCCAGUUUGCGAUUACCUAACGGCUUGCCUCCGGCUCAAGACGUCGCUCUGCCUGCCAAAUGGGUAUUUUAAGAAGGAAGCGGUUUGCUUCUGCCUGGCGUGCUCACCAAGCGGACUUGCUCCGAGGAAGUCCGAACUUUCCGGCUGGACCCUUCUCCCGCUACAGCGUCGCAUCGACCAGCCCAACACGGAUGUCUGGCACGGCGCAUACCUCCCCGUGUUGCUCGGCGACGUGCGCCGAACCCUCGAUGUCGGCCGUCCCCUCACGCCGUCCGAGCUCGGCAUGGGCGGCGACUACAAGAAGCGAUCCGGUCACAAGCUCGAAGAUGCCGAGUCGUCACAGCUCGCAAUCUCGCCCGUCCUGACACCAUUUCACAAACACCCCUAUGUCGAUCCAAAGACGAAAGAGCCACUGGCGGCGUAUGCGGCGCUUGAAGUGCUCGUCAGACCCGGAUCGUACAAAAUAGCCUCACCAUCUGAAUGGGUCACUAAAGAGAGAAACGCUACCAUCCUCGUCUCCCUCCUCCUCAGGCUUGAACCUUACUAAAUCGUACUUCGUCCUUUCUUUUUUCCCUUUUCUCUCUUCUCUUUCCAAAUAAAAAUACAAAAUGUUCGUUUAUUUAAUUACAAAAAAAAAAAAAUUAUAUAUUUCUACGACGAUAUUUAUGUGAUCCUCCUGAUAAAAAUAGACUGAUUAUUUUUAGUU